GUAAAUUGGUUGAUUUGUGGGAGAGAGUGAUACUGGGGACCAUCUAUUCCGCUAUCUUGACCGGAAGUUUAGACUUUCUUAAUACCAUAUACCUUUUAAAAUAGGGUGGUGGAUAAUAAGCGAGGGAGAAGAAUGUUUCUGUCUCUUCCUACGUUGACUAUUGUUAUUCUACUGGUCUCUUUAGCAGGACUGUUGUACUCAGCCUCUGUGGAAAAAAACUUCCCACAGAGCUGUAUUAGCACAAUCAGCCUUUGCUUUUACAGUCUGCUCUUGCCAAUUGCUGUGCCAGUGUAUGUGUUCUUCCACCUUUGGACUUGGAUGGGUAUUAAACUCUUCAGGCAUAAUUAAUGCAACCAGAGCCAAGACCAUACGUGUAUUAAUGAUAUAUGUCUUGG